CACUUCACUCUUGCCUCUUUCUUUGGACACAAAUGUCACCCCUCUCCAUGUCAACGGGUCUCUCGCUGUCUUAAGACGCUGUUCUUGAGAGCAGUCCUGCAGCGAAAGGGUUUAUGGUCUUAUAAGGAAUUAAGAUCCGCCACAAAAUUUGAAACUAGCUGCUAUCAGUCCUCUUUUGACUAGUAGCAUUAGAGACCAGUAUUAUUCCUCGUUUCAUUCUUUUUUAAUCUAGAUGUCCCUCUACCCCCUCCACCUUCACCCCUCCCUCUCACCCUUAGAUGGGACAUCUAAUAAGCGGUUUCUGUCUAAUACUGCUGUUGCCACAGUAACACGUCAGGUGGCUGGUUGAUAUGGCAACCACGGUCCUCUAUUUGAGUUUUUGGAGAGAACGACUGGGGUUCAACACAGAGCCUUUAAAAUCUAAAAAGACAGACUGACAAACUCAAAUCUUAAAUUGCACAUUUGCAUGUGUAAAUGAUUCAUUGAUAGCCCUCUGAUUGAUAAUCAACCUGUCCUACAGCAUUCUGUAGUCCAGUCUAAACGAAUAUAAACUCUCUGGUUUAUUAUAUCCAGAAUAAGGCCUUCAGAUAUGUAUAAAUAUACACAUACUAAUAAUAACAUCCUCAUUCAUCUAUGUACAUUUAAUUAACAUUCUCUGUCAUUUGGAUUUAAAAUUAUUAUUAGCAUUUAAUGCUGAUUUUUGACAGGUUUUGAUAGAAAAGGUGCUAUUAUUAAAUACAUAUAAAUAUUUAUUUUCUAAGAUUCAGAAAGCUGCAGUACCUUUUGGAAGAUCACGGUAAUGACAAGAUUUGAUAUUUUAUCUAGUUAUUGUAUUAGAAUCAGUGAAUGGGCAAAAUAUAAACACUUUAAACUCUAAAUUAAUUCCACAAAUAAAGAAAGAAAUGCAGGCAGAAACAGAAAGAAAUGCAGAAAUGCAGAAAGAAAGAAAAACGCAGAAAGAAAGAAAAAAAGAAAGAAGCACAGAAAGAAAUAAACGCAGAAAGAGAAUGAAAUGCAGAAAGAAAGAAAGUAAGAAACGCAGAAAUGCAGAAAGAAAGAAACACAGAAAGAAAGAAACGCAGAAACGCAGAAAGAAAGAAAAAACGCAGAAAGAAACGCAGAAAGAAAGAAAGAGAAACGCAGAAAGAAAUAAACGCAGAAAGAGAAAGAAAUGCAGAAAGAAAGAAACAGAAAUGCAGAAAGAAAGAAAUGCAGAAAGAAAGAAAGAAACGCAGAAAGAUACGCAGAAAGAAAGAAAAACGCAGAAAGAAAGAAAGGCAGAAAGAAAGAAACAAGAAACGCAGAAAGAGGGAAAGAAACGCAGAAAGAGAGAAACGCAGAAAGAGAAACACAGAAACAGAAAUAAAGAAACUCAGAAAGAAAGAAACGCAGAAAGAGAAAGAAAUGCAGAAAGAAAGAAACAGAAACGCAGAAAGAAAGAAAUGCAGAAAGAAAGAAACAGAAAGAAAGAAACGCCGAAAGAAAGAAAGGCAGAAAGAAACACAAGAGAGAAAUGCAGAAAGAGAAAUGCAGAAAGAGACGCAGAAAGAAAAAAAAACGCAGAAACAGAAAUAAAGAAAAACUCAGAAAGGAAGAAACGCAGAAACAAGAAACAGAAAGAAAUGCAGAAACGCAGAAAGAAACGCAGAAAGAAAGAAAGAAAUUCUGUCGAAUGGGGCAUUUUGCAGAAAAGUCAUCUUAAUCUUGCAGUAAUGGGGGAAAAAAAAAAAAGAAGAAAAACAAAAUAAUCACAUUUUCUCUCUUCAGAACAAAUGUCAAAUAGUGGAGACUGAAGCAUCUUGAUGCUAUUCAUGGAAUUGUAAAUCCUUAUUUAACCCACCCAAUUUCUGCCCUCCAUAUGACAUCCAAUGUGCUCUGCAGUUUAAAGCCCUGACUGCUGUCUGUCUGCUGACCCCAUGACCUUCACCUCAAACAGCAGCCCGACACCCUGUCUCACAGCGUCUGCUCCUCAAAUCUCUCAAAAAUCAUCAGACAGGACAACCACAAGCCCUCUUCUCUUCCUUGCCUUUUUUUUUUUUUUUCUAAAGGUAAGUCCAUUUUGUAAAUAUAUUUCUCUGUUCCUUCAUGUGCAAGGCUAUUUUCCACUUUGAUUGCUUCUUUAAUGUCUUUCAUAUUAUACUGUUUCCUGUCAUCAUUUAUAAUCAUUCAGUAGGCUAUUUUCUGAGAAGACUAGGCCUUAUGUCUGGCGUUAAUAGAUAGCUAUACAAAACUAAAGUGUUGCAGCCUGAGAAAAUAUAUGAUGUAAUAACCUUUUUAAAAAGUCUUUACAUUUUAAUCACAGUAAGUUCUUUUGCUUUCUUUCUUGUAUUUUUCUACCUCUAUAAAAUGAGCUGCACGUGCUGUGAACAUGAACUUGACUGGAAAUCGCCGGCCUAAAUUGAUCGGACAGGAUCAGAAAGGUCAUUGAAUUACUGUGGCGUUUUAAUAUCAUCUUUAUAUAUAUGUGAAGUACAUUUAGAUGAUAUUAUUGCUCUAUAUUUUCCUUUAUAUUUGAUAUCUUUAUAAAUGUAAUUUCACGCGACGUGUUUAAGCAAUUUAAAUUGUCGGAUUUCGCGGGUCAGUGUCAAAAAAGAAAGACAACGACACAUCAGUUUGGAUACAGUCCGUUCACGUGUGUUGUUGGUUGAUAUAUGAUCGAAUUAUACAGCGUAAGUAUAUCUGUUAGAAGAUAAGCUUGAGAAAAUUAGGAAUUUUAAUGAACAAACGACAGUCCUGAUGCGGAAAUGUAUAGCCUAAAUGUUAAUUAGCUUCGGAAAUUCUCUUCUUAUAGGCUACCUGUAAAAUUUCAUCUCAUUUUAAAUGUUCAAACUGUUUAACCUCUGUACCACGUGCUGAAAUAUAAUACAGCCUCUUCUGAAGUAAAAUGCAGCGUAUAAUUAUGACUCAUGGCAUAUUAUAAUUUGAUAUCCAGCCUAUGAUUCGACAAUUAACAUUUUAACAUUCAAAUUGUAGGUAAAUCUUUCAAAGUAUAUUUAAGACGUGAUGCCCUUCUGCUUUGAAUAAUAAUAAUAAUUAUUAUUAUUAUGACAAAUAAUGACUACAAAAAUAACUGUUGAAAUAAGAAUUACCCUUAAAGUCAGUAUUUUAUAAACUUAAAAAGAUUCGUUCGUUCAGACAUUCAACCCCAUUCUCUUUUACAAACAAUUCAGAUAAUUAUAAUUCAAAAUAUAUUAAUAUAAAAUUACAAUUAUCCUUAUAUUAGCUAGGCUAUUAUAACUAAUACGCUUAUAUAAUUAGGCUAUAUACUACACAAAAUAUUUAGCAUGAGAGCUCUGCUAAACAGUAGGCUAUGCGUAAACAAAAACAGAGGUACCAUUUAGAAAAUAUUCAUAAUUCACCUCAUUAAUAAAACCAUUUUAUGCCGUGAAACCUAAAUGUUCGUCAUUGUUAUUUAUUGAAUGGUUUCUUAUGUAGACGAAUCAAAAAGCUGAAGAUUAUUUGAUUCACGAACUCCGAUGGUUUUAAACAAUCGUAAAUUUAUCGUCUCAGAUUUGUGUCAUUUGCAUCUUCGCAACAUUCAUUCGUUCGUUAGAAAGAAACGCAAAGAAAUUAGUUACAACGAAAGAACAAAAAAGAGAAAAUAUCAGUAAGAAGCUUAGGUAAAUUUGACAUUUGAAAAUCUUAAAAACGGAGCCUUAUAAAAUCCUCUAAUGCUUCACAUUAAGAACAUCCACGUGUCGUUAGAUUUAAUCGCAAGUUUAUAAUGAAGUGUACAGUCAGUCUCUGAACUUUAUGCAUGUCAAACCCUCUUGUCAAUGAUUUGAAGUCCUGAUAUCUGGAGCAGACAGUGUCAGAAGAGCUCGUGGUGCAGCAGCUGUUCGGCAGUUCAGACAAAAGGUCAAGUGCAUGACCCCAGGACAAAAGCCCAGAGCAGCCCGAUGUGUUUAUCUGCCCCUCACACACACACACACACACACACUUUAUAUAACAUUGUCCAUUUUACACAUAGGCUAUUGUAAUUAAACAAGAUUAAUAUUGCGAACAAAUAGCAAAUACUAAGCAUAUUUACACGCUUUUUUCAAGGUUGCUGAUAAAUAUCAACAAUGUAAAUGUGUUCCUACUUCAAAUACAAUAUCUCCAAAGACAUACUAUAUGCUCAAAUUAUUUAAACUUUAAGAAGCACGAGAAUACAGAGGAAUAAAAUAAUUGUAAAAUGAAUGGAAAUGCAUUGUGUUUAUUUUAGGCAGACAAGUCUAAAUUAAUAGCUUAGUAGGCAGAUAAACCCGUUUUAUUUUUGUUUGUUUUUUAGAUAAUAGGUUUAGUCAACCACCAAUACACAUGGCAAAAUCAGAUUACAGCUAUUUAAACCCAAAACCGAAAUUCGAGAAACGACAAGGACUGCCACAGACAGGGAAGAUUUAUAAUGGAAUUAAUUGAGGCCGGAUAAGAAUGCGUUCUGAAAACGGUCGGUGUUAUUGCAACAUUUUUUUUAUGUAUCUAAGAUAAACUAUAUGUUGAGCUACAGUAUAAGCUCACUGACAGAGUGAGGAAUUACAUGAGCUGCUGUUUCAUAUGAAAACGCUGACAAGAAAUGCAAGUGAGCAAAAUCUGUACACACACUGCCAUCUGCUGGACCAAAGAAGAAAUACGUGACGGACAAACAGGCGUAGCUAUAUCAAUCAAAUAAGGUCCAUAAAAAAGUGAAUUACUAAAGAUUAGUAACUGCAAUUACUCAUAUGAAAAGUGAAUCUGAAUGGCACAUGAGCAUUAAUAACUUAGUAUAUAUAAAAAACGUCAUACUAGUCAUUAUUACCACAUGAUAACAUGAAACACAAGGAUAACAAUCCAAUAACUGAUCAUUUUGAUGUAGAGAGGAACAAACAACAAUAAACUAAACAUGCCAACAGCACUGCAAAUAAAACACCAGCAAACAGUCCCAAAAUGUAACUAUAUUAUAUAACUAUUCAUGCCCCAGUGCAUGCUGGGAAGAGGAUGAAUUGGACACAAACAGGAUAUGAUUUAAAAUCUAAAACAUAUUCACCAAAAUGAAUAAAGCCAAAGUAAAUCAGUGAUGACACUUUGUAUGAACUAUAAUAAAGGAACAGAUAAUCUAAAAAUGAGAAUUCUAUCACUCACUCACCCUCAUGUUGUCUUAAACCCGUGUGACCGUCAUUCCUCCAUUGGGCACAAAAUAUGGUCAAGGAAUGGGAAGAUGAUGACUGUCAAUUCCAAAAAGUGCCAUGAAAAGUAAUCCAUAUAACUGGUGCGCUAUCCUCCAUUAUCAGGGUAAUCAUCCUGCUGAGCUACCGGACUGACGGGUUAGUUUGCCAACCACAAACUAACUGAAAUCACAAAAACAAAAUUGAUACAUGUAUUGACACAUAUAAAAUGGAGAAGAACUUGUCCUGAACACCCCUGCCAUGGCUUCUCUGUGUGUCCUUAACCAGAUUUAAAUGUUUGUAAGUAGGCCUAAAUGUGACUUGAGAACUCUAGGGAGGCCAAAGUUUAUCUUCAAGGUGCUCUUUUUUUAAACACCACACUUAAAAUGUCCUUAUGACCUGACUGGACUGAUAUCACUGAAAUAAUUAUAUUUCCUGAGACAACAAACUUGUCUCUGCAGUCUGCAACAAACCAAGGCCUUGUACUCAACACAAAAGCGUCAAACUGUUUAUAGCCAAUUGGAUUUAUUCUCUGCCUGUCAAUCAUUGCACACAGUCAGGUGUGCUGACAUCGGGUUGGCUGACAUGUCUUUGGAGGGCGGGGCUUUUGAUAGAGAAAGGGCGGGUCAUGAAUGCUAGCAAAAUGGUAAAGCUAGCAAAAAGACUGAAUAAACACGUUUACUUUUAUGUGUAGAUGCUUUAACGUUACUCGAGAUUAUUUUGGAUGGAUUUAGAAACCUAUAUUAUAACUAGAGUGUAGGAUAUAAACUUAUCUAUUUGUUUUUUUAUUAUUAGGCUACUGUAUGUGUUUUUUUCGUUUCAGAAUGACAGUUUGCAAAGUAAAGAACAAUACAUUAGGCUAUGCGAUAUUUAUUUUAUUUGUAAAAUACCAUAUAUACAUAAAAAGAUGUGGGCUUCUUAUAUUUUAUAAAUGAUCUUAAAUUAUACAUAAAGCUUUUGAAACAACCUAAAAAGUGCUGAAAACGUAUGUUUUAAAAGCUAUGUUGGCCUAAUAACUUGUUCUUGUGGCAUUAAAUAAAAAAAUAUAUAAUAUCAAAAAUAAAACAUGUUCAAAAUCGUAAUAAAAA